CGCGACCCUCGAGGACGUGUCGGAGUGCCCCGUCUUGGACCUUGGUGCCCUGUGCCGCCUGUGCCGCCGGUGCCGCGCGACGGAGAAAGUGACCCGCGACGUGCUAGUGACCGCCACCAUGCACCGCAGCGCCGCGUGAAGGCCAAGGAUUACCGUGCACUGCUGCAGCAACCGCAACCAACCCCAACCUCUAUCCGUGCGACGCCAGCAUCGCCGCGUGUGGACGCAGUUGGAAGGACGGAAAGUGAAAGAAAAUGACAGUGACCAAUUUCGGCAUGAUGAGGCCGUGUUUCACAGGAUACCCCUUCCAAGGCCAGGGGCGCGUGAACCAGCUCGGCGGGGUCUUCAUCAACGGGCGGCCGCUGCCCAACCACAUCCGCCUCAAGAUCGUGGAGAUGGCGGCGGCCGGCGUGCGGCCCUGCGUCAUCUCGCGCCAGCUGCGCGUGUCGCACGGCUGCGUGUCCAAGAUCCUGAACCGCUACCAGGAGACGGGCUCCAUCCGGCCGGGCGUCAUCGGCGGCUCCAAGCCGCGCAUCGCCACGCCCGACGUGGAGCAGCGCAUCGAGGACUACCGCCGCGCCAACCCGGGCAUCUUCAGCUGGGAGAUCAGGGACAGGCUCAUCAAGGACGGGCUGUGCGACCGGACGUCGGCGCCGUCCGUGUCGGCCAUCUCCAGGCUCGUCCGCGGGGGCUCCGAGGACGGCGACAGGAAGCCCGGACUCAGCGAUCUCGACUACUGCGGCAAGGGGUCGGACGCCUCGGACUGCGAGUCGGAGCCGGGCAUCCCGCUCAAGCGCAAGCAGCGCCGCUCCAGGACCACGUUCUCGGCGCCGCAGCUCGACGAGCUGGAGAAGGCGUUCGAGCGCACGCAGUACCCGGACAUCUACACGCGCGAGGAGCUGGCGCAGCGCACCAAGCUCACCGAGGCCCGCAUCCAGGUGUGGUUCAGCAACCGGCGCGCGCGCCUGCGCAAGCAGAUGUCCAGCUCGUCGGGGUCCUCGUCGUCGGGGUACGGCCCCGUGCCCGGCAUCCCCGUCGCGCCCAUGGCCAUGCCGCCCAUGUCCGUGUACCCGACCUCGUCGUCGGCGUCGUCCUCUCACGCGCCCUACAUGGGGGAGACGGCGUUCACGUCGCCGCCGUCGGGCACGCUGCCAGACCAGCAUGAGCAGGGCCACCACGGCCACGGCCACGGCCCCUGCGCCACGCCGCCCGAGUACAUCCCCUUGUCCGGGCUGUCUGACGCCCCCGCCGCGGCCUCCGCACAGUCCGAGGGCCUCAGCCAGGACGAGGCCGGCGAGCAGACGCAGGCCUCGAGCGGCACGGGCAGC